UGUUUAGUAAAAAUGUAAUAACAUUGGUUAGUAAAUUUUAAUACUUUUGUUAGUAAUAUUAUAUAAUAUUAGUUAUUAAUUAUUAUAUCAUUUUUUUAUUUUUUUUUUUUAAAUUGGAUUCGUAUUUAAAAGAAUGUGCAUAGUAUGUAAUAUACGAAUAGUUGUAGGUUAGGGUCUAAUACCUAGUAUCGGUUAUUGGGCGACAGUAAUAUUUGUUAAAAAUGUUAUAUAAUAUUGAUUGAUUAACUAAAUUGGAGUAAUUUUAAAUAUGAGUGUUUGAGAGUACCUAUAUAAUAUGAAAAUAGUAGUAGGUUAAUAUAGUAAAAUAAAGAGCGUGUACAAAUUUAUUAAGAUUAGUAAAAUAAUUAAUUUUUUUUUUGUUCGCGAUUCAAUUAUUUAAUCUCAGUGGAUUUCAUUUAUUGUCUGUCUCUUCUUCUUCUGCGAUGCAUCAUCUUCAUCUCGGCCUGUGCACAUCUUUGGUUCACUAUAUUGUUCUGAAUAGUUUUUAUAUGGACAUUGUCUACUUCCAGUUAACGCGAAAAUCUAUUUUGUUUGAACACACAAUUUCGUAGAGGGUUUUGGAAGUUGAUUGACUUCUGGGUAUUUUAUAAUUUUGUAUUAUUUUUGGAAUUUAAAUGUAGAUGUUUGUUGUUGUUAGAUAUAUAUGUUUUGAUUUUUGUUUUUCACUGCUAUGAUUUCCCCGUGUUUUUCGAUUUUGAUAGAGUUUCUAUCAAGUAUGAUCCAUUGUAUGUUUGAGACGGAGAUUUGAGGAACAGAAAACGACCCAACAAUUUUUAUUUUCUCAAUCCUAGGAUUUUCCAAGAGAAAGGUCGUGAAAAUACUGUUUUGAUAUGAUGUUGAUAGAAAGACAUGUUUAUACAUAUGAAUGUGUCAUGUACUACAUAUUAUAUAGCAGUUAACGUAACUAAAUAUUUGUGUAGUUAUUGAUUGAUUUAGUUAUUGAACAUUUUUGUAAGUGAACACAAUAUGUUAGAAUAUAUACUCGAAUAAAAUAUAUAAUGUGUAAUUAUUGUAAAAAACGUUUUUUGUAUUUCGAUUUUAGAUGUUAACGAGCUAUAUAAAAUGACUUAUAACUUAAUGGUACAACAAUAUAUAACAACCAUUUGUUUUGAUUUUUUGUUUUCUGUAUAGUAAUAUCUGAAUUAAAAGAUAUAUGUAUAUAUAAUCAUUUACGUGGUAUAAUAAUAUUAUUACACAUUUUUUUUUUUUUUUAUUCAAAUUUUUUAUCAGACUUUUUUUUGUUGUUAUUUAUACUUAAUGAUCAAUCAAUAAUAUAAAAUAUUUUUAAUUUUUAUGGACAAGUAUACUUGUACUAGUUAAUUAUAUGACAUAAUAUAAUGAAUAAUUAUUAUGCUUAAUAAAACGCAGUAAAAUAAAAUGUAAUAUACGUAAUCUGAAUGUAUACUUUUUUUUUUUACAUUAUCUUAUUAUUAUUAUUAUUUACUUUUUGUAUUUUAUUUUUUUUUUUUUAUGUGGAUACUAUUAACGCAGUACUAUUCAUUAGGUGGAUCAAUAACUUAAAAUCAAUACAAUAUUGUUGUAAGGUAAUUAUGUGAUUAUUAGCUAAAUUUAUUUUUAGCAUAUCAUAUUGUUGAUUCAUAUGAGAUGUUAACUAUAAUAAAUGCAUAGUUAUUUCGUUGUUUUUUUUUUUUCAAGAGCAUUUAACUACAUAAUCUAAAAGGAUAAAUUAAGAUCACGAUUUAGACGUUAACCGUAUUUAUUGAAGGAAUGAUUUGAAAUAGUGUAAUAGGUACAUAUUAGUAUAGUAUUCUUGUCUAUAAAAGCGUUGGAUUGGUAGAUAAUUGUUUUUUUUUUUUUUUUUUUUUGGGUGGCAAAUUGAGAAUUUUAUAUUGAAACCUAAAAUCUCUAAUGGAAAUAAAAGAAGAAAUAUUUGAAUAUGUAAAUACAAAUAAUGUGAACUUCAGAGUGUUAAUAUUUGUGUGUUCGUUGUUUUCGUUUCAAGAAAAUAUAAAUGAUUUGGGAUAAACAAAAAAAAAUUAAGUUUAAUAAUAUAAUGAAUGUGAGAAUAAUAUUUAUGUCUGAAUAUUUUUUAAAAAACUGUUUGAAUUUGAAACAAAUAGUCAAUUUGUUGACAUUUCCAAGGGUUUUGGUAUGAAUAAGAUUAUAUUUUGGCUUUAUAAUAUUUUUAUACAAUUCUCUGAGUGUGUUUUUGACAAUAUUUGUUUGUUGGACAAUUAAUAUAAUGUAAUUUAGAACGGGAAUAAUGUGAUUAGGUUUUCUACGCUCUUGUUGUUUCAUUCAGUAUUCAUUCUCGUCUGUGAUACGUACAUAUUAUACACGCGUUACGUUAUAUACGUUAAUUAUUAUUCUCUACGAAUUUAUUACAUGUAAUUUAAAGGCGAUACAAUGUUCUAGACGAGAUGGAGAAACCGCCAAAUAAAUGCAUAAUAUUGUUUAUGAUCUUCGCAGUUUCGGGUAAAUAUAAUUUAAAUUUCUUCAACGGUACAAUAAAAGUGCAGGUAUAAGUAAAUGUCGGUAUUUUAUUUUUCGUUAAAUAUUUGUAGAAGAGAACGGUGCGACAUACGUUUUAGGAUUGUAAAAACACUCAUAUGAUUUUAUCGAGUACAAUACAAUUAUAAGAUAGACUUAAACACGAUGGGCAACUUGUAUUUUCAUUAAACUCAAAAGUUUUCGAUUUUUUUUUUUUUUUUAAUGUAUACAUUUAUUAAUGUAGACAUAAAAUUAUUUUUCAACGCAAUUUUACGGAUAUCGUCUAUGAUCUGAAUAGGUCUAUGUUAUAACUGACCCAUAGUCAUGGACCUUACUAAAGAAUCCAAUUAGCUGAAUUGAUUCCCGUUUUAAUACGAGAUUUUACCAAUAUUAUCUUUACCAUUUUUUUAUUACAAGUUUCUUUUCUAAAUGGUUUUUAAUAUUAUCGGUUUCAGAUGUAAGCUGCCUCCCUGUAAACAAAAUCGAAAUCUCGUGGUAUGAGCUAUUUUCGUUCUAAUUGUAGAGGGGAAUCAGCAGAUUGUGAAAAACCCCACCAUUGCUGUUCACAAAUAUGUCAACGUUCCUAUCAACGUGACUACGGCUAUUGCUAUGUGGAAAAUUUAGGACCUUUAAUCAAAUCCACUAAACUUCCUAAAAGUAAACCAAUAUAAUUUAAUUUAAAGGAGUUUUAUAGUGUAAUAAAUGUAAAUAUGAUUAGGGGAAUAAAAUCACCCAUAUCAAGACAAUAAGGCAGGUUCCUAUGUCCUAUCAGUAGUAUGAAAAUGAGAGUUCUAACUCAUGAGCAUGAGCAUGAGCAUGAGCCAUGUGCCACCACCCCCGCCCCCCCUUUUUUUUCGAAUUAAUUUUUUUUUCUUAUUCAUCCACCAAGUAGACGAACUAACCUAACCUAACCCUCCCUAAUAUGACUUUUUAUUUAUUUUUUUUUUUUCUUCGAAAUCCUUUCUAUGCACCUAUAAGUGGAUCGCUGACGCGAAGUCGUCGCCGCCCGCCACUACCCCUACCCACCGACUCGAGGUACCUAUACGUGGACCUACCCACCACUAUAUAUACAUACAAAUAAUAUACCUAUACACACACACACACACGCAUACCCGCCGCCGCAAAAAUAUUAGUAAUCGUAGUACCGAUAAAUAAUAAUUCUGUAUACACGAAAUUAUAUAUUUUAUUAGAAUACCUAUAUGUAUAGUUGAUACCGUCGGCGAAAGAAUAUUAUUUAUUUUUUUAUUUUUUCGUAUUAUUAUUUAUUUUUGUCGUCACUAUAGGUACACACAUACAUUAUAAGUAUUACCUAUUACCAUUAUAAUACGAUGUGUCGUACGAGUUACGAAUUAUUCUUAUAAGUAUAAAAUUUAUGUCGCCGUAGUACAUCGGUCGUCAAAAUAAAAUAAUAUUAAAUAAUAAUAUUACUUAUGUAUACCCAACGAUAGAUAUAGUUAACCUAUACACUACAUAAUUAUUAUCGAGUACGUAAAGGGAAAAUCGUUUCCGAACAACUCUGAUCGCAUAUAACGACUAAAUGUUGUACAUCGGUCGUCAAAAGUCAUUAGAUACUAAAAAACUAUUGCCCAAUAUUUCUUUCAGCAUAACAGUACCCUCUCUAUAUACUCGGUGACGGAUAUAUAAGACAGUACUGCACGUCCACUAUUUAGUACGCUUUUGAAUUAUAUCGUAUAAAGACCUACCCAGGCAGACUUUAGCGAUUGGUUCAAGAACGAAUUUUGAAUUGUAUUAUUUUUUCAUAUAAAUAUAAAAAAUAAUUUUCACUAUGGCCGAUACGAACGCUGCGAAGAAGUUCAUCUACAUAGCACCAUCACCACUGGUCGACCUCAUCGAUUCUACAUCGUUCACGAUAGAUUUUGCAGGUAGUAAGUUUCUGCAUGUAGGACUUGACCCAAUACAAUAUCAUGCUAUCAUCCUAAUAAUAACGCCGGCUCGCCAUAUUCUCAUCACAACAGAAUUUUUACAAAGUAUAUAUCAUAUGAUGGGUGAUUUACUGUCUUACCUGCUUGACGCCCCGACAUAUAAAAGAAAAAUACUUCUAUUUACCGAUACCACUACGCUUUCCAGUAUGGUAUUUAAGGACGAGAACGUGCUUAUUUUAGAAUCGAAAACUGUAAGACAGUAAAUCACCCAUCAUAUGAUAUAAACUUUGUAAAAAUUCUGUUGUGAUGAGAAUAUGGCAAGGGUUAGGUUAGGUUAGGUCGUCUACUUGGUGGAUGAAUAAGAAAAAAUUAAUUCGAAAAAAAAAAGGGGGGGGUGGUGGCACAUGGCUUAUGCUCAUGCUCAUGCUCUUGCUCUUGCUCAUGCUCAUGAGUUAGAAGUCUCAUUUUCAUACUACUCCUAUCUUAUUGUAAAAUACCAUACCAUUUUUGUAAAAAAAAAAAACUUUGGCACCAGUUUUUUUUAAGUGGUUACCUAACUAAACAAAAGAAAAUUAUAUAUUACAUUUAUACAAAACUUUUUAAAUAAACUUAAAACUUGAAAACUAACUUAAUUAAAAUAUUAUAACAAUUUUCAACGAUGGCGAAAGUUCAUAAAAAUAUCACGUAAGAUAAAACUCAAAGACCAGAAAAUCCACCAAGGCGAAUUUCAGAGUUAUAAAAUGAUUAUUAUGAAUUUUGUACAAAAACCGGAAUCUUUAUUUUAAAUAUUUUAGAAAUCGGAAGCCGAUUUUCUUUUUCAGGUUUUUAUGAUUAAGAUUUUUACGGUUCAUUUCGGUUCCAGUGAUAAAUUUAUUUUAUUUUUCAAUCAGCGUUAUAUAGUUGUUUGUUAGUAGUAAACGUAAUAUUACGUAUAUCUUAAAAAUGUACGAGAUUUUUUUAUAUAAAUAUUAUCCGAUGGACUUUCAUAAAAAUGAUAAAAUUCGUUUUUUUUUUUUUUUUUUUUUAUUGAUAAAAACUGUUACCUGCCCGGAAAAUGUAUAGAUUUUAAAAAUUCAUUACAUACCUGUCUGAAAUUUUAUUUUAGUAUGUAGAUUUAAAAUAUAUAGACAAUUGAACGCUAUAUAUUACAGGUACCUGUAAUGUAAUAAAAUAUGAAUGUUCAUUGUUUAUGAACAAUUUAAAUUAUAAAUCACACAAACAAAAUCUCGUACUCGCCCGACUGUUUAUUGAUAAAAGCCCCCCAUGUUUGCAAUGUAUUGUAUAGCCAUCUUAAAAUGUAAAUAAUAGUUGUCUGUCUGUCUGUUUGUCGUUAAUAGACUCAAAAACUAAUAGAGCGGUUUUUUUGCACAAUGUUCCACGAUGUCCGGAAAAGGUUUAUAAUUUUAUAGCUAUUGAAAUCUACACCCAUUUGAAUACCAACUUCUAAAAUUCAGUUUUUUGGUAUUCUUAGUAUAAAAAUAAUUGUAUUAAUGAUUCGUUAUCUUGAUUACUUACCUGGUGGUUUAAAAAAAAUUAAAAAUCAGCAAAGGCAACGCCAGAUAGGACAGCUAAUUGUUAGAUAAAUCCAAAUAAUUUAACUCGUUUAAAACGUUCAAAAACAUAUAAAUUUUAAAUUGAUCGUGACACUUUUCUCAAAGAUACAGGUAUAAUACCCGAUCUCUCAUUUGAACACCACAUAAACAUCGGCCGAGCCCUAAGAGUUCCGGGCUUCAUUAAUCGCGACAUCGCUAAUUUUUCCUCUCUCUCCACUGUCCGUGCUUUUCUAUAUUCUUCCCUCGUGCGCCCCAUACUCGAGUACGGUGCAGUGAUUUACUAUUUCCACUUUGUGCGUGAUUAAUUUGAGCACGUACAAAACAAAUUAUAUCAUAUGCUCCUUUCGAGCUAAAAAUAGAAAAUCCCCAGCACGACUCUUCACUAGUCCGUUCUACUCUUGAAAUUCCUACUCUUCAUUCUCGUCGCUGGUAAUUACUCUAUCGCAUCUCUUCUUGACGAUAAUAUCGACGCUCCAGAUCUUUUUAUCAGCCAUUCCUUUACGGGUUCCUACCUACUGCAUCAGAUCCCGUUCUCUCAACUCAACUCCGUGUCUUCAAUACCUUGGACGAAUUACGAGAGAUCCAUUUUCUCUUCUCCCUUAACAUUGUGAAGUUCAACUGUGUGACCAUAAAGCGCAAACAAGCGUUUAUGGCGUAAAUACGACGGUUUUUUUUUUUUUAAUAAUAUAUUAUGGCUACUAACUGUCUAACGUUGCCCGUGCCAGAAGAAAUUGUAGAACAUUUGCCAUUAUGCUAUAACAGUCCUGAUAUGUACUACCUUAUUAUUUAUUUUUUGUUUUAUUUGAUUGAACUUCUUUUUUUUUCUUCCAUAUUUCCCCAACAUAAUCCACAUAAUCGAUUUCUGUUAUCAAACACCAAUAACCCUCUGUCAACUCUUAGUGGUUAAAUAAAGAGGGGGGGGAAUGCAGUUUAUACAUUAUUAUAAUAUUAUAUUAUUCUGGAUUUUGAAUUACAAAUACGCAAAGAUUCUGUAUAAUCUGUUUAGUAAUUCGGACGAUAAGUAAUAACAAACAUGCGUACAAACAUUCACUUUUAUUAUAUUUGUAUAAUAUAAAUAUUUCCAGUUUUCUAUUAAUAGUAUAAUAUUACUUAACUGUACAAAUUAAUUUAACGAGAAUCGAAUUGAACUCUCAUCGCUGUAGGAUUACUAUUUCUUGACUUCCGUAGCUCUUACAAUAACACCUGGAAUUGGCAAACUUAAUUAUUAUAACUCUGAGGGGUACAAUAAAAUUAAUUUGCGGAUAUCUAUUCCGCAACGAAUUUGUUACUCAACCUCUCACUAUUAAACAGGGGUUUGUCACUGUCGUUUCCAAAAGUGAACAAAUAUCACAUUAUUUAAAAGAUGGACGGGAUAUAAAAGAACUUUUUUUUACAACCCAUCCAAUGAUAAACUUUGAAUCGUUUUUGUAUUAAUUAUUAUGAAUUAUAACACUUUAGUUCAGUAUGAAUUCAUAUUUAUUUAUUUUAUUACAAUGAAUUUUUAGCGUAAGUUAAAAUUAGUUUUAAAAAAGACGUCCUAGGGUAAUAGAGACAGAUGCAGCCACUGUUAUAGGUAAUUUAAUGUACCCCUAUAAUUAAUGAUAAACCAUUGCUUACGAAUAAACGGUUUUUAUCAGAGUUCUGUUGAUAGUGAUGCUUUGUCAACAAUAUAAAUGCUAAAUUAUAGUAAAAUAAUUAAAUAGACUCUAUAUAUUUUCUUUAAUAAUAUUUCUUUAAUGUUGUACCGAUUUCCCCGGGUUUCCUACAUUUUCUGGUUUUCCUUUUUUUCCCAGUUUAUCACAUUUACUGAGAAAACUGAAGAAAAUCGAAAAAAACCUCUUUGAAGUACCUCUCCAGUGAAAUUUCAUUUUAGAAAAAUUACUAUCAUUAAAAGUUGGAGCAAAAUUGUUGGUAGAAAAGUUGUCUACAGAAAAAAAAAUUCGUCAUAUUAUACAAACAUAACUCGUACAUUUUUCCGCUUUUCCUUUGAUUUUUCAGUUUUCACAUUUGUCGGGAAAAUUCCGGAGAAUAUUGAAAAAAGGACCUCCUUACACCGAUUUUCUUUCAGAAAAUGUGCUACACGUAAAAAUAGGAGCAAGCCCUAUGGUAGAAAAAGUGUCUACAGAAAAAAAACAAAAAAUAAACAUCUUUGUAAAACCAUAAAUUUCUUCGCUCUACUCAGAAUCUACAAUUAACUAUAUUAUAAUUGUAUAACACGUGAAUAAAUUACUCGGUAUUUUCCGGGCCUUACCAUUCAAAAGCAGAUAUCAAUAAAAGAAAUUCAAUUUAACAUGUCUCACCGGUUCCGUCUUUAUCCCUACCACGGUUAAUUGUUGCUGUUCGGUAAUCUGUCUUUUGAAACGGGUACUUUAUUUUGUCUGUGACAACCAAAUGAAAUAAUAAUGACUGCUUUUUUUCAUCCGUGUUGCCGAGACAACAUAUAAAUCAACAGCAAAAAAAAAUGCCAUUUUCGUCCCAAAAAUACCGAAAAUUCCAUGUCAACCAACAUUUAGUGAUUGAAUUUCGAAAUAAAACUGUCGAUUAAAUUUAUUUUAAAUUUUUUAUGAUAAAAUCUAUAGGUUUAGGGCAAUGUGAAAUCCCGAGCUAUUUCAUCCUGUCCGAGCAAUUUGAACUACGCAUAUCAACAUGUAUAACAAACGAUUUAAAUAAAUCAAUAAGUUGUUUAGUUAAUAUUUGAAUUCAUAAUUACUUCUUCCUAGCUAUUACCAUUAUCACGUGAAGGGGCAUCAUCCCGACUGUUUGGGGUCGACCACUCUCGUUCUAAACUUCCACUUGACCCGAUCUCCCAUCUCACAUAUACACCGGCUAUCAUCAUAUAAUUCUCAAUCGCAUCCAACCGCCUUAUUUUUAGUUUUUAUUUUUCCUAAUGAUUACAUUAUAAUUAUUAUAAUUAUAUUAGAAAAAUUGCCUAGGAAAAUUAAUUAAUACAUUAUUAUUCAGAAUGUCAUUAUCAUGUAUUUAUUUUUACACGAUUUACUUGAACCGCACCAAAUAUUGCAAAGUCCGAAAUUAGAGAAGGCGCGGGUUGUUUCUCGCAAUUAAAUCGAAAUAUCCGUCACGCCGUCGAUCUGUAAAAACUUUUAUUUCGUAAUCGUAAAUUGACGUUAAAUUAUUACUGUACACGUACGAGAUACGAAGUGUCUAUAGUAAAGCACGAGCACACGACUAGUCCAUCGGUAAUAUCCAACGGAUCAUAAUUUUAUCCGCGUAGCAAUCGUACAUUUAACAUCCGAUAUGGCUAGCUAACGGAUAUGUAUGCAUGGCUAUGUGGGAAACAAAUAUCCUAUUUGAAAAUAUCCCGGAGAUGACACGACGUUUAUACGGCGUGUUAAAAAACAGACAGACUUUGUUUGUAAUAAUAACUUUAAUUGGGCGUGUAAAUUAUUGUUUUGAAAUAUUCAUAAUUUAACAACGAUGGAUAACAAUUCGAAAUCGUUCAAUCAAUUUAUUUGUAUUCGUAGUUCGAACGUAAUUAUACAUUUUACAUUGCUCAUUUAAAAAAAAGUUCGAACAUACGACAGUAUUAUAAUAUAGAUAAUAUUAGAAACUUUUGUUUUUUUUUUCUUUUUCGAAUAAUUUUCUAUUGUCGAGUAUAAUAAUAAUCAUAACCGAAAUACUUUUUAAGAGUAGAUGGGUCAAUUUUCGUUUCAUUUUUUUUUUUUUUAUAUAUAUAUAUAUGACAUCGAAACGAAACUAACGGACAACUAAUGCAAUACAUCGCACGCGACUCUGAACAAAAGCAGCACCGAAAGACGGCCGCCGCCGCCGCCGCCGCGAAUAUCGCCGAGAAAUAUAAUUUCGUUAACGAAACCGCUAAUUAACUAUAUUAUUAUGUCGCACGAAAAGCCACCGUUUCGUGUGCGUACAGCGCGUUUGGCGAGUAAAAAUGUUUAUCGAAACGAAUCCCUCGUUCGUCUCCCCGGUACCUAAAUAACGACGUUACUAAGUUCGUCUCGUAUUACGGCUCGCCUACGGACGACGGCUGCGGCCGCCGCAAGUGGCUAUUGAAUUGUCGUACUCGCGAUACCGUCACACGCCACUGAAACGCGCACCGGGUGCGUUGUGCGGGGUGUCACGUAAACGUAUUGAAUACGUUCUGGGCUUCGUGUGUCCGUUAAAACGUUUAGGCGCCCGUCGUACAGUUCGCGGUGUCGGCGUACACUAAUUGAGUCCCGACACCUGAACGGGAGACGUACAGUGUAAACUCGCAUUGAGCGCCGGGCAUAAACCGAAACUGCGCCGAAUGUGCCCGAGGAUCGUUUUCGGUAAAAUAUAAAACCCGACCACAGUGUACGAACACGGAGACGACCGCGUAAUAAUAUCGUUCGUCGCGUCACGCAAUCAUCUGUAGGACGUCCCUCGGGUAACACAACCCGAGUUCGUGCGCAGCCGAUAUAAUUUUAUGUUAUUGUUGAUUAUUGCCGGGGUCUUGAGAUUGCGUUACCACUGUCGCUAGUACAAUAAUUACCGUCUACCGAUAUCCGUUAUGCUAUUAUACGCUUCGGUUUACCAAGUACGCCGAGCACCGCGGACGAAGUUAUGUUAAGUGAAAGAAAUAAAUGUAUUUUUUUUUUUUUUUAAAUAUAAUUUAUCGCCUAUGUUUAUUUAAUUAUACACAAGCGACGUUUAAAUUAUUCACAUGAUACAUAUUUACCAGUAUGGAAAUCUGACGGUUUUUUUUUUUUUUUUUUUAAUGUUUGACAGGGCUCGGUUAGUAUUGAAACAUGGACUCGAUUAGUAUUAUAGCUAAAACUUCAUGUGACUCAAUUAGUAUACGCAUAAAACCACCCUGGAAUCAAUUCGUCUCGAAGUAUUCGCAUGCAGACGUCGGAACUACAAGAGGGCCGUGUACCAUCGAACAAAAUUGUAAAUUGUUCGUGAAGGAGCUGUUUAGUAAUUAUAUAGGUACGUGUGACGCUCCGAUCGCUCUUGCGCGGACUUUUAAGACAAAUUGUUUUACCCAAGUCUGGUCCGUGUUGAACCUGAAGUGAAUCAAGCUCACUGCGCCGAAUUUACGCUGUAAAUCGUCCAAAUUUCGUUGUAACGGAACCCGCUGAUUAUUGUUAAUAUAUUGUUUCGGUUGUUUGUCGGAAUUCGAAAUACAAAUUUUCGCUCUAUGUAAUUGGUAGACCUGCGUGCAAUUCACGCAAGAUAAUUUCAAAUUUAACGCACGUGAUUUUUUUUGUUUUGUUUUUCAUGUAAUGUAAGUAUACUCUUGUGUAUACUCGAGAUAUCGGAUACGUAUUUGCUAGCGCGAUACGCAUUGCGAGUGUCGAUGGUAAUGAACGUGAAUCCGGCGGAACCUCGUAAUAGGAAACCGCUAUUGAUACGAAUGCAUCAUUGUCCGAAGGACAAAAUUAAACCACGUUUUAAUCUCGGUGUAACUGAUUCGGCCGAUACGAAAUAUCUGUAAUAAUAUUUAUAAUAACCUAUACAACCGUUAUCUUUUAAAAGUAUAAAUAACUGUAGUUUAUAAUUUAUACCAAUUACAUGAUUGUGAUGCGAAAAUUAAAUACCUAUAUUUUAGAUUCUGAGCGUAGCAAAGUGUAUUGCAUUUACAAAGACGUUUAUUUUUUUGUUUUAUUAUUAUUAUUAUUAUUAUUUUUUUUUUUUUUAUGUUAACAUACCAGAAAGCUUACUCCGGUGUAUACGAUGUAGACGCUUUUCUAAAAGGAGAUUUGAAUGGGGAGAUACUUAAGCCGGAGAGGGCGUUUUUAAAUUUUCCCAGGAGUUUUCCCAGCAAAUGUGAAAAACCGUGAAAAAACAUGGGAACAACAUAGGAACGACGGGAAAAUCAAUACUACAUUAAACGAAUAUUACUAAAGAAAAUAUAUA